AUGGUUCGUGAAAUUGAAGGAGUAUUAUCAAGAUUUGGUAAAAGGGAAACUAUCAGUAUUUUAGUAGCUUUAUUAAAGAAUAAUUUUACUCAGAAUUCGAUAGAUAGAGUGGAAUCAUCUGAAUUCAAUCUUAUCUUUACAGAUGAAAAGGAUUUGAGUUCAGAUUUGAUUAAAUUUAUUGAGAUUAAACGAAUUGAAUCAACUCAAUGUAAUGAAGAGUUGAUUCAACAAAUUAAAAUCAUAGGGCAGAAUGAAAGCUCUAACAAAUUUAGAUCC